UGACGAGGCUGACGAGCAAGAGCGGUCAGCGGAGACGAAUCGCCGCGGUCGUCCGUUGCCGAGGAUCUCGACCGAGAGAAACUUUUCUCGGCGGGAGACCACCCGUCGCUGGUCGCAUCGCUCGCAAUCAAACUCCCGAUUGGUCGCGAUUGUCAGCGAGUCAUUAGACGCGGGGCGUCAGUCGGUUGAGUCGGUCCGCAGUGUCUCGGCAUUGCGCAUUCGUUGGGGCUUAUCACGCACGUUGACAUUUGAGUCUCCGCUGCUCUCCGCUAUCGCUCGCCGAUAUUACGGGAUCAAAAGACCUCGUCGCGGGUGCACUUGGUCAAGGAGAGCACCAGGAACAUGGUGAACCGACCGCGAUUUCGCCCUUACGCCCGCUAUUUAUAGAGCGAGUAGGUUAUUUGCAAAAUCACUUGCAGGAUACCAUGGCAUGCGGAGUGACGCCGAGAGUCGUCAAACGAAUCUGAACGGUCGGAGAGCAACAUGAAUCUACACCGCACAAUUGUCUGACUGAGAUCUACUCCUUGAAUUAUCGGGUCCGUUGACUUUGCGCACAAAUGCCAGGAUGUUAAGUAGCGCAGCCAAUAUGGAACUAAAUAAUGUUGGAAGCAACAAAAGUUCCAUAUAUCUGGCGCUGUCGUUCCGAAAACUGUGCCUGGCGACAGUUGGCUUACCACUUGUAUCGCUGUUGUUCUGCUUCAUCACAGCAUACAUAUUUCAACAGGAUGACAUUCAUGAAACUCACUGUAGGGUCUACAACAUUCUUCCAUCGAUCUCAGCCAUUACUGGUGUUUCUCCACAGAGGUAUCUAUGGCGUAUCAGCAUAGCAUUACAUAUUGGCCCUAGACUGGUUAUCGCCAGUGUUUAUCAUUCAUAUUAUUACAAGAUACUUAAGAACAUUGAAGAUGUGCCUCUAAAAAUUAUGGGGAGCAGGCUCCUAAACCUAUGCUACUGGCUAAACAUUGCCGAGGUAGCAGCUUUGUGUGGUGUAACGUACAUUUCUAACAGAGAAAAUUACUCGGUACACGAAAAAAUUUUCAUAGUGUUCAUGAUUAGCUCACUCACAUACAUGUUGAUUGCUGUGAGAUUGGGUCGUCUAAUAACUCCAAAUGCACAAAGUCUUCAGUACAAACAAGCGCUCUUUGUGACGAGUCUCGUCAGUACAAUCGGUCUUAUUAUUUUCUUCUUGAAACAUCGACUGCUGUGUCACGACUUGGCAUUUAGUUGGUUUUCGCUAUGUGAGUACGUGAUAGCUUUUGCAAAUAUGGGCUUUCACAUCACUGUGGUUUUGGACUUUCCAAAAGAGCAACUGGUCGUAGGUCAUGGUUUACCUGCCGUGAAAAUAGAUUAACUCUUUAGGAUAACUCCUCAUACUCAUCGUCAUAUUAAAGUGCCUAUUGCCUCUGCAUGGAAGUGCUACAAUUGUGAUUUUUAAGAGGUGAUUUUUAAGAGGUUUGGCAUGCCACGUGACACACGAUUUCACGAUUAUCUCAGUUUUAUGAUAUUUACAAUAUUACAUUGUAUUCCACUCUUGAAAUUGAUAUAAUUUGCUUUCCACGAUAUUUAAACGAUUGCUAUCAUUUUUAUCUUUACUUUUAUAUUCUGUCACUAUACUGACUACGAUAUUUGACCAAUAAUUCCGAAUAUAAAAGGAUAUGGGAUUCGAAAAAAAUGAAAAUGGAAUAUCUAGCGCUUCCAAAGUGUGGCACUGGUUACUUUCAAAGCGAUGAAAUAUGUAACGGCCUUUUAAUAUCGUUUAGUAAUAGAGUAUGAUCAUAGUAAAUAAUAGUUGGAAAAAGUAUCCUACAUACAAACAGCAUUUAUCGUUAAGCAUAAAUUGAAUAUUAUUACUCGCAUCGUAUGAGAUUACUUGUGAAGACUUUUGAAUCUUUUUUUAUAGAGACUUUUGCAAGGUGAGAAUUCUAGUCGUAUAUAUUAAUUCUAGUCGCGAUCUUUUAUUCGCUUCAUGGUAAACUCCUAUUUUAUCCAAUAAGUUGAAAUUAGAUUGUAAGAUACAUUUAUGUCAAACGGACUUUGAGAUGUUAUAAUCGUAAGUUCAUUAAAUGAACAUAUUAAAAAUUUUGAAUUAUUGCAAAAACAUUGUACAGUUACGUCUUGUUGGUAAAUCUUAUAAUAAAAAUCAUAUAUGUAUGUGUUAAUACUCAUUCACCUUGUAAGAGAUUAAUUCAUCUUAUAUAGAUUUUGAAAUAAUAAAUUCAGCUAAUAUUCAUGAGCCGUUCUAUUCGGCAUUAUUGUAAACGCAAACGUAGGAUAAUCACUCCUAUGUUUGUAUGUAGUAUACGAUAGUUUAAUGAUAGAAAUUAUCGAGACACUGACGAUUAAAGCAGUCAUAAUCGUUAUACAAGGAUGUGUAAACGAGGAUUGCAUUCGGACCAGCGUGCGUUUGAAGUAAGAUCAAUAUCUAAAUAUCUCACGCGAAUUUAUAAGAAUGUUAAAAAAGUUUCUAACAAGUUUUACGACUGAAAUCUCUCUCUUCAUUUCUUGUUUGAAACAUAGAUGACAUAUACACGAUUUUCAGAGAGCAUUAAAAUUUUUAUCCCCAACAAUACAUUUUAAAUUGUUUUUAGCUAAAUGUUGUUAACUACUGAUAUUUUGAUUUAUGAAAAAUUACUUUUUUAUAUAGUUACAUUUAAUGCAAUAUAAUUAUGAAUUGUGCCCGAGAUGAAUUAAAUUUUAACAGCAAUUUUUGAUAAAGCAAAACGCUCAAUAAGAUUUUACAAAAUAUGAUUUAUUUAAAAUGUUAGUAAUUGUGCGAUGAAAUUUUUAUAAGUGUUUUUUUGGAAAUCUUGUACAUGUUUUUCUGUUAAGAAGAUUUCAUGAUCAAAAAAUCGAGACGAAGUUGCGUAGACGUUGGAGUAGACUAACAAACAGCCAAGAUUGCAAUAUCUAUGCGAAAUAUUUCUUGAUAUUGCAUCAAUAAACAAAACAGUGUUUAUUAUAAUAAGCAGAUGGUACGUUAUCGCAAUGUGUCUCUUAGGAUUUCAUGGUAGAAGGCCGAUAGUGUCAGUGUGACUUUAGAUAGCACUCGCAGUUAUAUGAUAUCAUUUUUGCACAUUUUUACACAUAAACAUUGUAAUUAUAGCAUAUUUUGAUAUGACAAUUUUUUGUUAAGAUUCCUUGUAUAUCAUUAUUAAAGAAAGAGAAAAAAAAUGAAUAGUUCAUGCGCGUAUUUAUCGCUAAUUUCUCGCAAGUAUACUUGUCUCGGGUAAUCAUGCGGAGAUAUGCUAGUAAUUUUAGAUAAUUUCUGCAGUUAUCACGAAGAGCUUUAUUUCUUCUGCAUACGGCGGCAAAUGCGAUCGUUCAAGCGUAACAUCUCAGUUCCUACUAUAAUUGGAAUCUCAUUUUUGUAUAUAUAUAUAAAUAAUUAUUAUGAUAAAAAAACUAAUUGCACUUGGCAAUUGUGUUUAAUUUAACGAUACUGUUAUCAGAGACCGUUUCCAAGUGAUGCAUUAAAGAGAUAUAUCGUGGAAUUUUAUUGUUGGUACACACUAUGCGCGAUAAUGAUUUUUAGAGAUCUUUAAUGAAUCAUUUGCGUCUUACGGUCUAUUGGGCAUUUUGCUGUUUGACUAUAUUUGUAGCAACGAUUCUGAAUCUUUUCUGUACUACAUCUUUCAUUCUCGUAAAGAAAGAGCAUCAAUAUGAGUAGAUCGAUUAUAACGGAACAUGUUCGUUCAAACAUGUUCAUUCUAAUGAAUUGUGGACAUGACAUUUUCAGAGUAUAUGUAAAGAUAUAUCAAAAAUUGGGUAUGUUCUUAUAGACGAAUUUGAAGUAAAUUUUACUUUGAAGUAUACAAAAUGCAAUUGUGUAAUUAAAGUACUGUCUCAUGCGCAACAUGCAAUCAAAACAGUUUGUUGUUAUUGAUUAAAAAUUUUUUAUAAAACAACGCACUUUUGGUCUAACAUUAUUUUUAUUAAAAUCUAAUAUUGUUUUUUCAAAAUUCGGUUCUCAAAGUACGUUUCUUUUUAUAAUGUUGCUUUUUCUCUAAAAUUUUAGUUGCUCAAACCAUAACUGCAUUAACAGUUGCAUCAAUCGCAGUUUUUAAAGUUUUCCUCAUAUUUUUGAAUUAUUUGUGAUCAUUUUCUGUGAGCCAUUAAUGUAAUUUUUACCGUAUGACAUUAUCAAACUAGAAAUUAUUAAAGUUAACUUUAAACCGAACAAAUCAAAAAUUCUAUAUUUUGAAGUUAAUUAAAUAGGCUGCUGCAGUUAUUUCUUUUCAUGAGCAGCAAAGAUACAGCAUAAGUAAAUCUAAAAAAUUUAAUGAAUAAUGUAACAUUUUUAUUGCUGUUGCAUGCUGCACAUGAAAAGGUACCUUUAAAUAUGAAGUAAACUGUAUAGCGAUAAUUAUUUUAAUCUCUAAAAUUUAAUUAUUUCAAAUUCUGCAAUUAAACAUUAAUUUGUUCUCUUUAAAAAAAUGUCUUUUCAAAUUUCUCAGAAAAUCUAUUAAACCUACGAAGAUACGCAAUUGAUGAAGCACUUUUGUAUGUGUUUUAAUUGAUAAAUGACAAACGACGUAAGUUAUAUUGAAAAUUAUAUCGAAUAUCUCUUAUACUUAUAAGUAGAAAGUAUAUGUAUAUAAGAGUUCUUUUAGAAAUAUAGUGUUAACUAGCACAGAUAAGUUUCAAAAUUAUUAUGAAACGAAAAAUUUUGGUAAUCAAAUUUUACAUUAAUUUUUCGUUUAGCGAAAGAUUUAAAAGAUAUGCGUGUUAUAAAAUUGAAGAUGGUAUAAUCUCACUAAUAUUAAUUUUACCAGCGUUAAUAUUGUAAUGAUACUUCCAAAAAGAACUGUGCUAAACAGCAAUUAUUUUUUUUUUAUGAUUACGUCUUGUAAUCGUUCUACGAUUUAUUGAUACUCAUAAAUUUAUUGUUAAGGUAUCAACAUACCCUCAGAGUAAAUCGAGGAAAUUAAAAUGAGAUUAUGUAAAGUGUAAGGGAAAACUAUUCGCUGUUAUUUUCUCUGAAAAUAUUUUUUUACUUCCAUAAAAUAAGCACGCACUUAUACAACAGAAGCUUUUAAGGAUGAAAGUUCUGGAAAUUAAAAGAUUUCGUCAUAUGACUUUUUACAUUGGCGGUAACGACUAAACAUAUCUGUUAAGAAUUUCGAUCGUACUCGAACCUCUCUUUUUUUCGCUGUAAAUAAUGCUAGCAUCGAUUAUCAUACAAAUUACUUGUACAAACGACAGAGUAUAUCAAGCAUAUUAAACUGUAUGAUGAUUCACCCUUUAUUAGUACAAUUUAUAAACAUACAAGCUUAAAGCGAAGUCUACGCAAAUAUUCCUUCAAGUUGCAGCUAUUUUUUUCUGCGACUCGUAUUUUUCAAAAUAAUUUUGCUACUGAAACUUUUUUUCUAAUUUACAAAUGUUUAUCGAAAUUAUAUCUAUAAAGUGCUACGAUCUCACGAAGAAGCUGCGUUUCCGAUAAUAUUAAUAUUAUUUGACAAUUCUGUGAUAAUAAGCACAAAACAGUGCUAUAUUCCAUCUCAUAAGUAGGUUUCGUUUAUCUCUUAAUUUCUUUUUCCUGAAUACGUUUACUCCAUCUUUCUCUAGAUUCAAAUAUCUCUAUUUAUAUUUAAGCAUACCAAAAAUUUAAUUAUAUUAUCACAGAAUUUAUUUUACCUGUUCUUAUAUUUAAAACGAAUAAAAUAAUAAAUGAAUUUUUAUAAUUAUCAAUUAUUAUUGAAGUAAAGAAUUAAAUAAAUAACUGCAAGUUUCUAGUUAAUUAGUUUCAUAAGUUUUAUGAGCUACGCUUUAAUCUUCAAUCUGAUUUUGUGAAAUUUUAUCAAGAAAGAUAUUGAAUACAUAUAUAGUUUACAAGAUGUUAUUAAUAAUUUCAAUUUCUUCGCAUAUAUGUGUACGUUGUACUUGCGACAAAUUUCGAAAUCCAACUUGAAAAUUUCCGUAAUGUCAAAAGCAAACUUGCGCUCAACGUCUCUGAUAUCUCUUUCAUCUCUACCAUAGUCCUGUGUACUAUAAAACAGAGUAAGAGCAAUCGAGCCUUGAAUCCAGCUGAAACCUGCAGCAUUGCCGAAGGUAAUUGAACUCUGUUGACCUUAAUGUAAAGAAAUAAACGAGCGCGAUUAAAUGGCUAUCGUGUGAUACGAACGAGACCUUUCGUCGUCCUCUCGUGUAACCAAAUUUAACAAGUCGCUUCUUUCGGCAGUGUCUAAAAUUGAAUGAGGCUCGAACAUUCUGUUCACAUGGCUAUUGACUUUACGUCACUAUAUGAAAUAGCUGUAUUUUCCUACAUAUACACGCACACACUCACACACUCACAGUCGGUCGAGCCAUCAUCCGAUGUAAUGUAUUUCUAUGACCGCUUUGUAACAUAGUGUAUAUUUCUUGCAAUCGGUUUAGGGUGAGUGCUCUACACUGAUUAAAAGUGUAUUUCUGUGUAUGUGAUGAACUUGUAACAAAUUACAACUGAUUUCGAUCAGGGCAAGAAUGAUUUCUAUUUGUAUCGCGUAAUGAACGAUUGUCAAAUAAAAACUAUCGUGUACAACAAGUA